CUAUUUCAUACAUCUUUAAUCACGUUAGGUCAGAACAAAACCCUAAUUUCAAUUCAAUCCAAUUUCGUCAUUCUUUCUCUCUCUUGUUCGUCUCUGCAACCAAAACGAGAGAGAGAAUCAUCAUCCUCUUCUCAAUUGCAACUCGCCGUAACGUGUAUGACACGUUACUUCCAUCACCGUUGCGUUCCAUGAACUUUUGCUGAAGAAAAAGCGAAAUUCAACCGUUAAUUUGACGGUUUUGUGCAGGAAUUUGUUCGUGUGGUUCCGGUAGAUCAGUUAUGUUGUCGUUACAGACCGAUCAACGGCAGAUUCAGCAGCAGCAGUUGUUGAUGCAGUCCGCUAGGGUUUCGUACAACAAUGGUGAUCAUCAGCGUGAUAAUUCGUAUGGAUUGUCAACGGAAACUGUUUCGUCUUCGUAUGGAUUGUCUACGGAGUCACGUGAAGCUACGGAAGAGAUGCUGAUGUCUGUGGCUCAUCAGAGUUAUAAAUCUGGAGAUUUUAGACAGGCUUUGGAUCAUAGUAAAGCUGUUUAUGAAAGGAAUCCUAUGAGAUUGGAUAAUCUGCUUCUCCUUGGUGCGAUAUAUUAUCAGUUGCAUGAGUUUGAUUUGUGUAUUGCGAAAAAUGAAGAAGCUCUGCGGAUUGAUCGGAAGUUUGCUGAGUGCUAUGGGAAUAUGGCCAAUGCGUGGAAGGAAAAGGGGAAUAUUGAUGUUGCUAUCCGUUACUAUUUGGUUGCUAUUGAGCUGCGUCCAAAUUUUGCGGAUGCAUGGUCAAACCUGGGAAGUGCAUACAUGAGGAAAGGAAGACUUACUGAAGCUGCUCAAUGCUGUCGGCAGGCUCUUUCAUUAAACCCUCAUUUGGUUGAUGCUCACAGCAACCUUGGAAACUUGAUGAAAGCUCAAGGACUGGUGCAAGAAGUCUAUUGUUCAGAGCUUCUAGAGGACUGAUCAUUUUGUGCAUAGCCGAGUUAUAGGUUGUAGUGUUUGGCUAUUCACUGCAUCUGUUUGUAUGUGAACAUAAAGAUUGUUGUGUUUGUCUGUUCACUGCAUCUCUUUGCAUUAAGCAUAAAGACCAACCAGAAUUUUGUUAUCAUCAUUACGGUGAGUACCAUUGCUGGUUCUUGCGAUAUAUCUAGAAUUAUUUUUUGAACAGGCUUACAAUUGCUACCUGGAGGCACUCCGUAUACAACCGACUUUUGCCAUCGCCUGGUCUAAUCUUGCUGGCCUUUUCAUGGAGUCUGGCGAUCUUAGUAGGGCACUUCAGUAUUACAAGGAGGCGGUAAAACUAAAACCAACAUUUUCUGACGCGUAUUUGAAUUUGGGGAAUGUAUACAAGGCUUUGGGAAUGGCUGCUGAAGCUAUCGUCUGUUAUCAGCGAGCUCUUCAGUCCAAACCAGAUUAUGCUAUGGCUUAUGGGAAUCUAGCUAGCAUAUAUUAUGAGCAAGGUAACUUGGAUAUAGCAAUUAACCACUAUAGACAGGCAAUCACUUACGAUACUGGAUUUUUGGAGGCUUACAACAAUCUGGGUAAUGCACUUAAGGAUGCUGGCAAAGUUGAGGAAGCCAUUCACUGUUAUCGUCAAUGCCUCUCUCUGCAACCUAGCCAUCCUCAGGCACUCACUAACCUUGGGAAUAUAUACAUGGAAUGGAACAUGAUGAGUGCUGCUGCUCAAUGCUACAAGGCAACUUUGUCUGUAACUACAGGGUUGUCAGCUCCCUUCAACAAUCUUGCAAUAAUUUACAAGCAGCAGGGUAAUCAUGCGGAUGCCAUAUCUUGCUACAAUGAAGUUCUUCGGAUCGACCCUCUAGCAGCUGAUGGUCUUGUUAACCGUGGAAACACUUACAAAGAGAUUGGGAGAGUGAAUGAAGCAAUUCAAGAUUAUUCACAUGCUAUUGCUAUUCGUCCAAACAUGGCAGAAGCUCAUGCAAAUCUGGCUUCAGCUUACAAAGACAGUGGGCAUGUGGAAGCAGCUAUUAAAAGUUACAGACAAGCGUUGGCUAUACGUCCCGAUUUUCCUGAAGCCACUUGCAAUCUUCUACACACGUUACAGUGUGUGUGUGACUGGGAUGACAGAAAGAGAAUGUUUAUUGAAGUAGACGGUAUUCUUCGAAGGCAAAUCAAGACAUCGGUUAUUCCAAGUGUGCAACCUUUCCAUGCAAUUGCAUACCCACUUGAUCCUAUUCUUGCACUUGAAAUCAGCCGGAAGUAUGCAGCACACUGUUCUGUUAUCGCAAGCCGAUUUUCUCUUCCUGCUUUCAACCAUCCUCUGCCUUUAAAAAUAAAGAGUUCAGGGGGUAACAAGCGGCUUAAAAUCGGAUACGUGAGCAGUGAUUUUGGAAACCACCCGCUGUCUCAUCUAAUGGGCUCAGUAUUUGGCAUGCAUAACAGACAAAACAUGGAGGUCUUUUGCUAUGCUUUGAGUCCAAACGAUGGUACCGAAUGGCGGCUACGUACUCAAUCAGAAGCAGAGCACUUUAAGGACGUGUCAGCAAUGACAUCUGAUGUGAUUGCUCGGCUAAUAAAUGAAGAUCAGAUACAGAUACUUAUCAACCUCAAUGGUUAUACUAAGGGGGCCAGAAAUGAGAUUUUUGCCAUGCAACCUGCUCCUAUCCAGGUGUCAUACAUGGGAUUUCCAGGGACAACCGGGGCCGACUACAUACAGUAUCUUGUCACUGAUGAGUUUGUAUCCCCACUCAAGUAUUCCCAUAUAUACUCAGAGAAACUUGUGCAUGUUCCUCAUUGUUACUUUGUGAAUGACUACAAGCAGAAAAAUCUUGAUGUGCUCGAUCCAAACUGCCGGCCAAAGCGUUCUGCAUAUGGGUUGCCAGAAGACAAGUUCAUAUUUGGUUGUUUCAAUCAACUUUAUAAGAUGGACCCAGAAAUUUUUACGACAUGGUGCAAUAUUCUGAAGCGCGUUCCAAAUAGUGCACUUUGGCUUCUUAGAUUCCCAGCUGCUGGCGAGAUGCGACUUCGUGCUUAUGCCGCAGCACAAGGUGUUAAAGCAGACCAAAUUAUUUUCACAGACGUUGCAACGAAAAAUGAACACAUCAGACGCUGUUCUCUUGCUGAUCUUUGUCUAGACACGCCACUAUGCAAUGCACAUACAACAGGCACAGAUGUUCUUUGGGCUGGUCUGCCCAUGGUUACCCUUCCCCUUGAAAAAAUGGCUACUAGAGUUGCUGGCUCACUCUGUUUGGCAACUGGAGUUGGAGAGGAGAUGAUUGUCAACAGCAUGCAAGAGUAUGAAGACAAGGCAGUAUCUCUAGCUUUAAACCCUGCCAAACUUCAAGAUCUUACAAACAGACUCAAGCAGUCUCGACUCAGCUGCCCUCUCUUUGAUACAUCACGAUGGGUUACAAAUCUAGAACGAGCGUACCUUAAGAUGUGGAAUCUGUACUGUGCCGGUCAACAACCACAGCACUUCAAAGUCAAGGAAGACGACUCCGAGUAUCCUUAUGAUCAUUAAAUGCACACAUGCAUGUGUAUGGUUAUUAGACAUCAAACUUUAGUAUUAAUGAUUAUGUAUCCGGUUUUGUUUCCAACAUUGUAUUUCAAAUUAUAUUUUCAUGCAUGUUUAUGAACCAUUAUUAUACUU